AUGUCUGACCUUGGCACCCAAGCUGAAUGGUUCUUCAUAGGUGCAGCCGAGGAAGCUGCCACGCAGACUUUGAGUGUGGAUGUGACGACUUCGAACAGUGCUACACAGACAGAUCUGCAGCUCGCAGAGGAGGUGGCAGCGUCCGCUUUGGACACAGCCACCAGACUCGAUGCAGGCCGAGCUCUUUUCUGGAUGGGCUUGGGCUUCACCUUCCUCGCAGGAGCCUGGCUCAUGUACCCAAAGAAGGACGCAGGCCAGAAUGCCCCGCUACCAGAAGAGACAAAAACAGAGGGGACAAAAGCUGAAGGGACAAACGUCGAAGGGACCAAGGUUGAAGGCGUGGGCCCUGCGAAGAUUGAAGAACCGGUGCAGCAACAAUUGCAGCAACCUCCAAUCACAAGAAAGGACUGGGUUGGGGCUGUGCCUACAUUGCCCAAUUUGGAGCCAUUUGUUGCCACAAAGCCGCCCCAGCUAUCCCAACUUCAAACGCCAGGACCUGCACCACCUGGACCCUCUCCGAGUGAAAACUUUCAGAGGGACUGGGCCGGGCCCGAAGCAAAAGACACUGACAUGGCAGACCCAGCCGAUGCAUUGACAGAGGACACUAUGAAUCGGAAGAUGGCACUUGUUUUUGCAGCUUCCGCCCUACUCCUGUUCACUGGUUUUAAGCUGACCAGGUCUUUGGGAAAGCGUGCAAACCUCGACAUGUUCCAAGAAGCGACUAAGGUGGCUUCCGUACGACCAGGCGGACCAGGCUACGCAAAGCCCGAUGUCCAGACAAGGCCACAGGUUGAACCCAUGCCGCCCAAGUCCAAACCAAAGGAACCAAGCCCUGUGGUUUACUCCAACUCUGGAUACUCUGGGCUUCAACAGGGCAAAGGCCACGUGGAGCGGUCACCUGAGACUUACUGUGAUGCCAACAUGGAGAUCCUCCAGAAGCAGAAACUGUCCAGGAACUCCACCACGGCAGAGGCAUCGAGCUUAUUCCUGUGUCUUGCAGCGCUGACGCACAAGUGUUGUGCCAUGGAGGCCCGAGGCCUAAACUUGCCGAGGAAGACCACGCAACAGCCAUUGCACGUGGACCUGAAAUGGUCCAAGUUGUACAUACCAUGGCGGCCAUGGCUCAGCAGCUGUCAAUAUGUGCAGGGCAGAAUUGCCAAACUGCUCAUUGCUAUGGCCUUGCCCGUCACUUUUGGGAAUUUUUGGGGACUGGCAACAAAGCCAGUGAAGCAGAGUAUCGAAGUUGGAGAAGACGACACCAUUGAUGUGCUGAGACAGCUCAUUGCCACAAAGUGGUCGGAGCCAAUCCUUGCAAGAAAUGUUUGUGUCUUGGGCCCAGAGGGCGAUGUUCGACGAGGUUCUUCUCUGAUCAAUGCUUCAGAGGUCUCGGCUGUCGUAUCCUUGCAAUUACCACUUGAUCGAGACUGGAACUCCCACUCUGAUUUGAUUCAGACUUUGCCGCAAGAUGUGCACCUGGUUUUCGUAGGUGAUGGGCGAGAAAUUGCAGGAAAACAGGGAGGGGUUGGGAAGACAAGCCUUGUCUUCCGAUGUCGAGAUUGUCUGGGCACUGGAACGGGUUGGACAGGAAUGGGGAGAAUGAAUGGAAGCGGACAUUUGAGAGAAGAUGGCACUGUCUUUUUCAACAACUGCGAAUACCCUUGGAAAGACAGCAGCGGAACAGUUGCAAUGAUGAGCCUUUCUGAUGCCUCAUGUUCUGUUUCAUCCCAGCGCAGCAGUUAUUAUGAUUCUGCAUCUGUGGUUCUGAUCCUUUUUUCCCUGGCCAGCAGGAGCUCCUUUGAGAACAUCCCCAAGUGGCGGAAAGAAGCCCGAGAUGUUCCUGUUGUGCUGGUUGGAACCAAGCUCGACCUGUGUGAAACCCAACCGCCGUCUUCCUGUGUGUCUGUACAAGAAGCCCAGGCAAUGGCUCGGGACAUUGGAGCCUUGGACUACCUCGAAUGCUCUGCGCUCAGUGGCGCAGGAGUUGAUGAUAUUAUCGAUGGAGCUAUGUGGGCAUUCGUUAUGGAUGCCCAAACAGAGCGUGGUAAAGCCAGGAUAACUCAGCGACAGAAUCGCGAUCAAGGCUGCCAAGUCGCGUAG